AUGGCCAGCCCGGAGGAACCAGAAGGGGGGAACCCGCCGGGCCCCUCACGCAUCGACAGGAUCCUCGGCCGUUUCCAGCGUAUGCGUCUCAGCCACCAUCCAUCGCACGAGCAGCCUCCAGGAGCCCAGCAGCCUCACCCCACAGCCCAAUGGCAACGCACAUCCUGCCAGCGUCCAGCCGCCCAAAGCAAGACCUGGUACGCUCCCCAAAGGCCCCCGAUACCAUCACCCCCCCAAAACCCAUCAGGAUCGCCCAUCCGGAUGCCUCUGCCCAUCCCCGCCUCACGACCUCCAGCCCCACCAAGCCCUCCGAUCAAUCACCCGAAGCCAAUCGCCUUCCCCAUCCCACAACCAACCGGAAAGAAACCUCAAGCCCUGCCCCCAUCCCCCACACCCCUCAACACCAAUCAUGCUCGCCCAACAGAAGCCAGGCCCAAUAAUAACACCAUGUCUGCUUCACAUCCAAAGCCGGCCGCAUCCAAACCCCUGAGCAGCUCAAACAAACUAAACAUCAACCUGCCCAGCCCCAUCCAAACCCCGUCCAAGCCAACCCCAAACGCGCCCAACCCCUGGCACUCAAACCCAGCAGGAAAAGUUGCGAUCGAUCUCACCGGCCCGACCUCCCCAAACCCCGCCAAACAUCAGUCCACCGCGUCCAAGCCUCCAACCCCACACAGAAAGCCGAGCAAAACCGAGCCCCUCGCCGCGGCGAAGCCCUCGACGCCCAGCAAGCCCGCCACACAAACAAGCCGCCCGCCGAAAACGCCGACCAUCACCGCGGCGACCUCCCCAUCCGACUCGCCCACAGCCACUCCGUCGGCGACCGGCCGCUGUGCAGGCACGACUCAGCAGGGAAAGCCGUGCUCGCGCAGGCCGAUGAAGGCGAGCGAGGGGAUGGCCGAGCGGUUCGACGAGCUCGACGCGAUCCUCGGGCUCUCCAGCUCCGCCCAUGACGACCCGUCCCCCACCCCGCACUCCACAGUCCCCCGCUUUUGCUUCCAGCAUUACCACAAAACUCGCGCCCAAGAAGGCGCAUGGUUCGCCAAUAGCACAUGGGUCAAGUUCUCGGGUGCGUGCCCGCUUGUCCGCCCGGCUCGGGUGACCAUCGCGGGGUGCUGA